CAAGCUUGUGUCUUUUCAUUCUGUGGACUUGUGAAGAACUUCCUUGGUUUUCACUGGAAUCAGAUGAGGCAAGCGAGGAUGGAGAAACAGUCCUGUGUGCUGUGGCUGCUCUGCUGUCGGGCAGUGCUUGCAGGCAGCUGCUCCAUGCAUGUGGUUUUUAUAUCUUUUGUUUAUUUUCCUGGCAGGAAGCUGCGUGUCAGAGCCAUGUGACAGCCCUCCCCCGCCUUUCGUGGCUCAAGUCCCAGGACACUGGGCUGGCUGUAGUGCAGCAGAGCUGGGUACAGGCACAGCCCAGUACAAGGAGUGCUGGCCGCCCAGUAGGAAUCAAGGCUUGGAGCAGGAGAGAAGGCGGUGGUGAUGGAGGUCCUCCAGGCAACAGCAAGGGAACUCCAGCUGCUGCACUUAGGGGCCUGGGCCAUCACUCUGCUGUUGACAGUUGUGUCCUUGUGGUCCCUGCCCUCCUUUAGGAAUUACUGCAGGCAAUGGUGGGUGAUGAAACCAGUCCCAGGUGUCAGUCCCUGCUUUCCUGUCCUGGGAAAUGCUCCAUUAUUUGAUCGCAGUGGACAAGGUUUUUUUAAACAACUACAAAAACACAGUGAAGAGUUCAGGAGUUUGCCAUUGCUUAAACUUUGGGUAGGACCAUUACCUGUUGUGAUCUUGUAUCACCCUGACAGUGUGGAGGUUAUUCUGACCAGUUCAAAACAUAUAGAAAAAUCAUACAUGUACAGAUUCCUGCAUCCGUGGCUGGGCACGGGACUUCUGACAAGCACUGGAGACAAGUGGCGGUCACGCAGGAAGAUGAUAACUCCCACAUUCCACUUUGAAAUCUUAGCUGACUUUCUCGAGGUUAUGAAUGAACAAGGAAGUAUUUUGUUGGAGAAACUUGAGAAGCAUGUUGACAAGGAACCAUUUGAUGUCUUUAUAGACAUCACUUUGUGUGCCCUUGAUAUCAUCUGUGAAACGGCGAUGGGCAAGAAUGUGAGUGCUCAAAAGAAUAAGGAUUCUGAGUAUGUUAGUGCUGUCUACAGGAUGAGUGAUCUAAUCCAUGCACGACAGAAGAGCCCUUGGCUUUGGCCCGAUUUUCUCUAUAAGCUGUUCAGGGAAGGAAAAGACCAUGAGAGGAGCCUGAAGAUCCUUCACAAUUUUACAGAUACAGUCAUUGCGGAAAAAGCUGCAGAACUUGAAAGGACCAAGCAAAUGGAACAUAAUACUGAUAGCAACUCCAAAGGAAGUAGCAGCAAAAAGAGAAAAGCUUUCCUGGACAUGCUGCUGAACGCAACAGAUGAUGAAGGCAACAAAUUGAGCUACAGGGACAUUCGUGAGGAAGUGGAUACUUUCAUGUUUGAGGGCCAUGACACGACAGCAGCUGCCAUCAACUGGGCCCUGUAUUUACUUGGACGCAAUCCUGAAGUCCAGAAGAAAGUUCACAGAGAAUUGGAUGAGGUGUUUGGCAACACUGAAUGCCCUGUUACAAUGGAUGAUUUGAAGAAUCUUCGAUAUCUUGACUGUGUUGUGAAAGAAGUCCUUCGACUCUACCCUUCAGUUCCAAUGUUUGCCCGUACCUUGAGAGAGGAUUGCUGUAUUAGAGGGCAUGAGAUACCAAAAGGUACAAAUGUUGUUGUUUUAACUUAUGCGCUGCAUAGAGACCCUGAGAUCUUCCCUGACCCAGAAGAGUUCAGGCCUGAGCGAUUCUUCCCUGAAAACUCGAAGGGACGGCACCCAUAUGCUUAUGUGCCCUUCUCAGCUGGUCCCAGGAACUGCAUUGGUCAACGCUUUGCACAAAUGGAGGAGAAAACUCUUCUAGCUCUCAUCCUGAGGCGCUUUUGGGUGGAGUCAAGUCAAUCCCCAGAGGAUCUUGGCAUGGCUGGAGAACUGAUUCUUCGUCCAAAUAAUGGCAUCUGGAUUAAGCUGAAGAGGCGGCCAGAUGUUGAAACAGAAUGAAAGGAAACACAAAUUUUAUUUUUCCAAAACCUUCCAAUCUAUUUAGGCUGAGAUAUGUUUUUAAAUCAGAUAUUUGGAUAGCAGUCCAGGAAAUAGUUGAAGCUAAAGUCCUUGCUGAUUGUGUCACUAAAGAUGUUGCAGUAGUCCUAAAUUGCUCUCUUUUCUAAUUCAUGUGAAAUUUGUGUUCGUCUUUCAAGUGCAAGUCUUUAAACAUUAAAUCUUAGUGCCUUAUCUACUCGGAUGAGACUGUGCUAUUGUAACAGUGAAAAAUCCCUUACACUGUGGUAGUAACAACACUAAUGCAUCUCAUGGAGUGAUCUGAUUGUAUUCCACAUUUGCAAAGUAACUGAUAGUCUCAAGUCUUCAUAUAGCUUUCAGGCAUCUUUUAUUCUGAAGAGUACAAGUGAUCAAUUCUUUCACUUGGCACACUUUUUUCCCCAUUUUGAUGAUGGGUUGUAAAAGUGGCCCUGUUAGUGCAGAGACGACUCAUGGGGAGCUGUGUAGAUAGCAUAGCCCUGAUUUGGCCAUAAACCGUAUGAGGCAGUGCUGCAUUAUUCAGAGAACUGAAACGUGAGCUGAGCCUCCAAGUCCCUCAAAAAAUAGUAUGCCCUGAGUCUUAGUUUCAACCACUACUCAGUUGCUGAAGGAGGAUAAAGAGAAGCUGAGGGGUUUCAGGUUCAGCCAACUGAACCUGUGUAUACAAUCUUGAGAUCAGCAGAAGUGAAAAAGCACAGAAGUGAGCCCCACCUGUGGUUAAAAAGAGAUAACAAGAAACUCCAUUACACUGCCAAAUAAACAUUUCCAGAUGGUAUUACCCACUCAGGCAUAGUCUUGCCCACAGUUGCAUAAAUCAGGGAAUAAAAGCCCUAAGACUUGGGUUAGGAAUGGAGACUUGCUUCUCCAGUGCUACACCUUGCCUGUGUUGAGACCCUUCCCUUUGGAUCAGGACACCAGCCAAGGUCACUUUGCUAGUAUUGAGAGCACUUACCUGGAGGGGCAAGCAAAUACAUUAGCAUGCUGUAAAUUCAUAACCUCAGGUGAUUAACUGGGACACCUAUAACUUUUAAUAUGCUUUUGAGGUUGCUAAAGCUUAUUCUUGAUUUUAAGUUGCAGUAAUGCAUUCUUCAAAUGUAUCUGUGAAAACCUGUAACAGUGCUGUAUCAGAGCUGUGCACCAAGUUCACAUUAAUCAUUUGUUUGGGCCUUACACUUAAACCUUCAAACAAAGCUGAAAUAAAUUGUUUGCUUGAA